CCCCCACAUGGUAGGCUCGCCGCACCAUCCUGGACCACAUCCCAUGGGCCCCGCUGCCGGCAUGAUGGGCCCGGCAGGCAUGCAGCCGCAAGGGGCGCCCGGGAUGUGCGGUCCAGGACCCACUGGCCCUAUGGGCCCUCACGCUCAUCCGCAGGGACCUGGAGUACCCGGACAGCCGCAUAUGCACAACGAUCCUUUUUACUGUUCGCCGUUUGGAUCCCACUAUUUCAGAUCGUUGCCUGUCCCCAGGAGGCAUACUCCGUACUUUGGCCAACCGGACUACAGGCUCUACGAGCUGAACAAGAGGUUACAGCAGCGCACUGAGGAAAGCGACAACCUCUGGUGGGACGCAUUCGCGAACGAGUUCUUCGAGGACGACGCGACCCUAACCCUCACGUUCUGCCUGGAGGACGGUCCCAAGAGAUACACGAUAGGCAGGACGUUAAUACCUAGGUACUUCCGCUCGAUAUUCGAGGGCGGAGUGACGGAACUUUACUACAAUUUGAAGCACCCGAAGGAGUCAUUUCACAAUACCAGCAUAACCCUCGACUGUGAUCACUGCGUUAUGGUCACGCAUCACGGGAAACCGAUGUUCACGAAGGUAUGCACGGAGGGUAGAUUAAUAUUGGAAUUCACCUUCGACGACCUUAUGAGGAUAAAGUCGUGGCACAUGUCGGUGAGGUCGCACAAGGAGCUGGUGCCUAGAACCGUGGUCGGAAUGCAACAAGACCCGACGAUGCUCGAGCAGCUCAGCAAGAACAUCACCAGGCAGGGUAUCACUAAUUCCACCCUGAAUUACCUUAGGUUAUGCGUGAUCUUGGAGCCGAUGCAGGAGCUGAUGUCGAGGCACAAGGCGUACGCGUUGUCACCGCGGGACUGUUUGAAGACGACCUUGUUCCAGAAAUGGCAGAGGAUGGUUGCCCCGCCGGAGUCCCAGAGGCCAGCCAGCAAAAGAAGAAAGCGAAAGGGCAGCACCUCGGGGCCGGGGAACAACGCGCCUCCAGCGCCCAGCAAAAAGAGAUCGCCAGGGCCUAAUUUUUCUCUGGCGUCGCAGGACGUAAUGGUCGUGGGUGAACCAUCUCUGAUGGGUGGCGACUUCGGCGAGGAAGACGAACGGUUGAUCACGAGGCUGGAGAACACGCAAUACGACGCGACGAAUAGCCUGGACCCGCACAGUCACGACACGUCGGGCGGACCACCCCCGCAUCCCCACCAGUUCCACUCGGAACCGACACCGGGGAACUCUUGGCCGCCAGACCGCGGUCCCGGCCCGCCACAGGGAGGACCUGGUAGUCAGGGUGUUCAAGGCGGACAAGGAGGCGCGUCGGGUGGUGUACAGGGAUCGCAGGACGCCAGUCAACAGCAACAAGACAAGAAGAGCCCCGCUGUGAGCCAGUGAGGCCAGGAGUCCCCGCGCCCCCCCACCAGGGGGCGACGGG